UGUCUGGGUCUUUAUGUAAAUAUCUGGUGUAAUGCAGCUAAUUUUAAAAAAAUCUCUUUGCUGUUCUUUCACCCAGAUCCACACCUGUUUAUCUAUGGGUGUUGCUGUUGGCUUGGGGAAGAUUAAACUCUCCAGGGUCAAGAAGUCUUGCAUUAGUAUCCUAAAAAACCAGGACCUUGCCACUGGCUACAGCUCUGGUCUCCACCAGCAUUUCACAGAGGUGUCAGGAGGAAAUGGUUGGUUGGGGGAGUUUUCAAUUUUCAAAAAUGAUUCCAUGGGCUUCAUGAACUGGCUAAAGAGCCUGAAAGAACAUCCAGGUGUUGUUUCGCACUCCCUUCGACCUCUCUAUCAGCUCAUGCCAAGCAUGCUUCAAAAGGCAGCAGUGAAAGCUGCUAUUGAGCAGUAUUUGAAGGACAAUGCUGUGAAGAAAUCACCCCAAGAACCACACUGUGUGGGCAGAACUCCUAAUGUGGCCUCUAACUGCUGCCCUCAGCACGCCUCAUGGGGAACUCUAUCAGUGACCAUUGUUCGAGGCUGGGAUCUCAAAGGAGAUCUGGUUGCACAAACUGAUGGGUGGGUUGAUGCAAAGGUAAAAAACAAAGACCUUAUGGAACCUGAUGAGCACACCUUUUAUAUGGCUCCUCUUUUGUUCACAGCUAUGCCAAGAUGUUCUAUGGUUCAUUUCAACGCAGGACCAAAAUCAUCAAGUCCAAUAAUCCGAAGUGGAACGCUGGGUUUAAUUUGGGCAAGGUUGACACAAGGCUGGUUCUGAAGAUCGAGGUUUGGGAUGAAGACCCGAAAUAUGACGACCUUCUCGUGCAGUGUGUGAGGUACCUGAGCCCUGGCACUCACACUAUCAGGUGCCAAGGAAAGUAUGGAAACGUUCAGGUUAAAUACACGCUGACCUGUGACCCGUAUCUGACUGGAGAAAAGUGCAACCUUUAUAAACCAUCUUCUUAGUGGCAGGAGA